AAACCGCUCCAGGCCAACCAGGCAGGUUACAGGCAGUCUCAACCAAUUUUGUGAGCAAUACAGGGCAGGUCUCCACAUCUCACGCAGGCAGCAGAGGACAGACAGGAGGACACCUGACACCAGGACAGCCCCACCACCACUAUCAGCAUGACAGCCAGCCUGCAGGAAGGUGAGAGGAGUCAGAGCAGCUACUGCUCAGCACCGGGAAGCCCACAGUGCCUUUGCCCUUCAGAGAGCUGGGAAUAGAGGCAGAGCAUUCCUGCAACCUGCCCAAUAGCCUGAAGGGGUUGCCACAGCUUUCCCAGAAAGCUUUCUCACUGCACAGGCCCAGGGGAUUUAAAAGAAAACUGUGCCAGCUGGAGUAGGGUAUUCGAGGAAGGAGCUAUGAAGAGGAGAGAAGACAGCACUGAGGAUUUACAGCGCUAAGAAACAAACAUGAAUAGAACUGACGACUUAGCCAACCCCACCACCUGGCAAGACACUGAAGGUGAUUUUCCCAAUUGCACUGAUGUGGAAGUCAGCCUGAAGACUUUGUACCUCCCUGUUAUGUACAGCAUCGUCUUCCUGGUAGGCUUCCCAGGAAACGUCAUUGCAAUUUGUGUUUACAGCUUCAAGAUGAGGCCUUGGAAGAGCAGCACUAUCAUCAUGAUGAACCUGGCACUCACAGACCUGCUCUACCUCACCAGCCUUCCCUUCCUGAUACACUACUACGCCAGUGGGGAGCACUGGAUCUUUGGUGAAUUCAUGUGCAAGUUCAUCCGCUUUGGCUUCCAUUUCAACUUGUACAGCAGCAUCCUCUUCCUCACCUGCUUCAGUGCCUUGCGCUACGUGGUGAUUGUCCAUCCUAUGAGGUUCUUCCACACCCAGAGGAAGCUGUGGACAGUGGUAGCUUGUGCAGCAGUUUGGGUGAUCUCACUGGCAGCUGUCAGCCCCAUCAACUUCUUGAUCUCCUCAAAAGAGGAGGAAAACAGAUCCUUAUGCCUAGACCUUACCAGCUCUGAAAACCUGAGCACAAUCAGGUGGUAUAACUGGCUACUCACCACGUUUGCCUUCUUCUUGCCUUUGCUGAUGGUGACUCUGUGCUAUGCGCUCAUUAUUUACACCUUGGCUACUGGGCCCCAGACGCAGGCUUGCUACAAACAAAAAGCUCGCAGACUCGCCAUCGUCCUCUUGGUGGUCUUCUACGUGUGUUUCCUCCCCUUCCAUGUUUUUCGGGUGGCUCGGGUUGAACUACGUCUGUGUCCUGUCAGCUGUCAUGUGGAGAAGCAAAUCCACUCCAUCUAUAUAAUCUCUCGGCCACUGGCUGCACUCAACACAUGUGGCAACCUGCUGCUUUAUGUCGUGAUUGGAGGUAACUUCCAGCAGGCCAUCCUCUCUCUUUCAAGGUGAAAGUGGAGCAAAUACGUCCAGCAGCCUGGGAGCAACAAUUAUGUGACCAAGUCACAAAUCACAUUAAAGUUAUGAAGGAAUACCAGCAAUCCCAAGGUGGCUUUGGUGCUACAAGCUCCUGCAAAGGCAGCUGUGUUGAUAUGUUAGCAAGAAUUGCAACUGGUUUCUCCCUCUCCCUGCAGUAGAGCACUUGUCAAAAAGCUGUCUUGGGAGCAAACAAAGAACGGGGAGACAAAAGAAAAUAUUGUGAGCCACCAUGAAGGUGGAAAAUAAAACUACUGGACUGGGCUGUUUCCAAAAACAUUUGGGGAGCGCAGUGUUCUCUUGCUCUGGGCUUGGCCACUGAUUACAGAAACAUGGAGAGCUUAGUUUGAACAUGAGAACAAUCUCCAUUGGUUUCAGGGUUGCUACUGAGGUAGUGUUCUGUUUGUUAUAACCCAAGCAAACAACAGCAGAUAUUGUCAUGGUUGUUGAAAUCUCUGAAUGACGUACUUAGAAAGCACCUAGAUAAAUCAGAUGUUUUUAAAUGAAAUGGAGCGGAUGAAAUUCAGCACAGGGCAUUGAGGAACUGAAUGGUGAAAUCUUGGAGCUGGCCAAGUGAAGGAUGGGAUGAGUACCAGAGGAGGCCACAUAUGGUGAAUACAAGGAGAUAUAUAUAUCUAUAUGUAGAUAUAUACAAGGAGAUAGAGAUAUAUAUAAGGAUAUACAUAUAUGGAAAAAAUGAAGAAACAAGGAAUUAACAGUCAUGUUAAUGUCCAUCUCAGAAAAAUACUGACACAAACUAUCAGAUUAUAAGUCUACAGAAGAUGAAUCCAGGUGAGUACUAGCCAGUAUGGAUCUAUCAGCUAUGUACAGUCCUAGACCAUUCUCAUUUCCCACUACAACAAAUCAACAGGCUCAUACGUGAAGAAAAAGAUGUCAUGUAUCUUGACACCAGAAGGAAUUUUGACACUGUCUGAGAUGACACUCUUGUGUAUAAGCUAAGGAAACGAUCUGGAGGAAAUUUUUUGCUAGUUACAGAGUUUCACUCAGAGUGGAGAAGCUAGUGAUUUACUAUCAGUAGGGGAAGCCACUGAGUGGGGAUUUGACCAGUCUGUCCAGGGUUUAGGGAUAUUUAGUGUUUUCAUUAACAAAUUGGGUGAUUAAAUGAAGUCUGGUUAUUAUAUUUGCAGAUGACAUGAAGCCGAGAGGACAAAAUUCUGUUGACAAAUUGCAAGUAUGGUUAGAAAAUGCACAGGAUGCUAUUAGACAGUGACAGGUGCAAAGUACCAUGUUUAAGCAGAAAUAAUGAAGUGUGCAAAGACAAAAGGAGAAAAAAAAUAAGUAACAGUUUGGGAGAGAACGAUCUGUGGUCACUGUGAAUCACAGGCCGGGCAGAAGCUGACAGCUUCAGUGGGCUGACAGUGUCUGCUGUAGGGAAAAAAAAGGCAGGUGCCAUGAUGCUGGGAUGUAUAAAUAAGAAUAUAAUGUACAAGAUGUGCAAAGCAGCCCUUCUAUCCUUAGCAGUGUUGUUACCCACCUGGCUGGAGCACCGUGUCCAGCCUUGGAGGCUUCCUUUCAGGUAAGGCACAGGUAAGAGAGUAGUGAGAGCUCACACGUAGUGAGAGUGAGAGCACUCAGAGAAACUACUAGAGGGAAAGUAAUCGGACAGAAAACCAAAUGGUCUCAAAACUCCUCAAGGGCAGUCAGCAGGAAGGACCUUCUGUCAGGAUGGGUGAUGAAGGGCAGGAAAGAACAGGAGAAGUCUCCACCCAUGGGUGUGCUUAGGAGUGGGCUAGCCAGGUGCUUAGCAAGAGGGACACAAGCCUGCCUGGCCUCUGGAUGUCCCUUUUGGCCAUGAGGCUUUGCAAUCAGGCAUAUGUUACUGGCAACAAUGGCACUAGUGAAGCAAGCAAUGCCCAGGAGCAUCCCCAGUGCCGGAGCACAUCCCACCACACUACCAUGGCUUGGGUACGACACCUACGAUGGCAACAUAGUGUUUUAAUUUGUGGAAUUUGACAGAAUUAAUUUGGCACAGGCGCAGCCAUUAGGUACACAUUUUUGAAGCAAUGUCACAGGCCUUUUGAUGUUUUUUAUUUUAGUUUGUCCUCUUCUGUCAAAGCGUGAAUUUUACAGGUUGCCACUAGAUGGUGAUCACCCAUGGACAAGCUACCUGUUUUCACAUAUGCCUGUUGGAUUCAAAUCCGCAAGUUACACAAAUACACAAGAAAAUUCACAUGAAAUAAACAUUUUCUGAUCUAGGUUCAUAACAUCCCAGCUCCCCAACAUGAGCAAAAAGUACAAACACACUGCAUAAAUUUUCUUACUCUUCCAUAUAAGUGAAAGCACAAGAUGUGUCUGCCACUUACACAUUCACAACUGAAAGAGUGGAUUAAAAAAUAUCUUUUUUCCUCUCUCAGAGCAUUUUUAAUUCUUGUUCUCAGAAGCUCUUCCUCCUCAAGCCCAAGCCCAGCUUAUCACACACCAACAGAAGCUCUUAAAAUACAGCUACACAUACAAUAUAAAACGGAGCGGCUAAAGGUAAAAAGUGUGAAAUGGAAGUAUUGAACGCUUUCCAUCACUGACAGCAGGAGUGGCAGUCCCACAGUUUCAGUGACCUGGAGAGGGGCUAGCUUUUUGCCUCCUACUCCUUUCUUUCCUUAACAUAGCUGUUGUUUGGUUGCCUUCUUCCUGUCUCUCACCUGCUCAUCCACCAUUUCUCUUCUGUUAGUUUGGGCUAAACUAGCUGACUGUACAGUGCCCAAGUAGGUAAGGGAAUGCUCCAUAGUUUGCUGGUGGGGCAAGAACCUCCAGGAGAAGGGACAUCACGUCUUCCAGUAGCACGGCUGGAUCUGGAAAAGGACAAAAGCUCAGCAGCAAAUUUUUAAAGCUUUCAAGGACUGCUCAGGUGUUCUGCAGGACUGAGAGAUCUUUACCUCAUCUGACUCAUUCUUUUUGUUUACUGUGGAGGGUGACAUCUCGACAGCUUCUAUUUUUAGCAGCUGUUUAGUGCUGAAACAAGGAUAAGUGUUUCAAUUGCGGCAAAAAGGAGGCACUUUCCAAGCUCUGUACACAAUGUGACAACACAGCUACAUAAAUUACUACACUACUGCAGGCUAAUUCACAGCAUAGGAAUGUUCCAGUAACCAGGAUCCUGUCAAAAGCCUUUGUUAUGUUUGUCUGCAAAGACUGUCAUGUCAACUCAAGUACCUACCAGUGAGCUGCUCUCUGCCUGGGACUACAGAGGGAUAAAGAGAAUAACUUUGUCAGGGAAAUGGGAUUCACACCACUCCUGGGUGAUGUCAGCUCUGAUGAUACUGAAGACGAAAUUUUGGAAUUAUCAACUGCUUCUGUAGACAUGUCGAACCGUAUUUCUAAUCUGGCUGCAUCUAUCUGCCUUUCAAGCAAUUCUACGUCAUACUGAACACCUGAGAAGACUGCGUGUAGGGUCAAAAUUAAUAGAAUGGUGAACAGUUAGUAGAGAGAAAGGCUAAAAUAGCUUGAGAACAGUCUACUUCAACCAGGUCUGUGUUGGAUAAUGAUGUGAGACAAGGCUGCAGUUUUAACUCAAUGUAAUGGUACAUGCCGUUGGGAUGCUGCUGCCUUUGCUGUAUGAUAUAACUGUGGGGUAGGGAUCUACCAUGUAAAGUGAAGAUUAGUGCCAGGCUCACCACUGAGUCACUUAGGCCUCAGAUAGAUGUUGUCAUUUUGCUGAUAAGGCUAAGCUAGUGGAGUAAACGUUGAGUGACUGUUUCCAUCUGUCAAUAUUUUGCACUCUGAAAAUCUAGGUUGAGCAAACCUAAACUUUAAAGUAGCAAACAACAAGUGAACACAUUGCUACUCAACUCCCACAAGCCCCAAACUGUACUUGCCUUUCCCUGCCAGCAGAAAAGGAGAAGAGAUGUAAAGAAAAAUACUUUGUGUGUGCUCUUAAAGCUCCCUUAUGUUUUGUGACAGUAGAGGCAUCCAAUGGUGCCAGCUGACACCACUUCAAUGUAAAGGCCACAUAACCAAGUCUCGGAGGGGGAGAAAAGUUUGUCCUAAAGAAAGUGUAUUUCAAGGCCUGUUUUCUGAAUAACUACUGAAAAAGAGCAGUAUUUUUUACCAAGGUGUCUUGCUGGCUUGGUGCCUGAGCUUACUGAGUGCAGCAGUGCAGAGCAGAGCAAGUUGGACAUCUUCAAAAGCAGAAGAAAAAAAGAAGUUCCUGCUUUUAGUCAGAGGUGGACUCUGGGGCCAGAAUGACAAUAAGUAAAGCUGGUAAAAAAGUUGUCUUUCUAAAACAAAAUUUAAAGCUGAAAUGCUGAUUUUUUUAAAACACACAGAGGCAACAUGAUUUUUCAAGGCUGCUGCAGGCAACUAUAAUGCAGAGUUUGUUUGAUUCACGAUUGCUAGAACCUUAGAAGGUAUUUUAUCUUCUAAGAUCUCUCCUCAGUUUCUUUGCUCCCAAAAUUGUUGAUAUAACUGAUUUCUAAACCAAAAGAGAAGUGGUUGCCUGGAAGCUGUAGUACUAGUGAUGCUCUCCACUAUUACAAGGAGAACAAAAUUCUGAGCUUCCUUUUUUUUUUUAACUGAGGAAGUACGUUUUCCAAAUUACUUUAUGGAUUUCCUUUUACUUUGUGAAACAGUUAAAGAAGAUAAGACAAAGAAGAAAGACAUACAACUUUGUGAACAGACGAUGCCACACUGAAUCCUAUCCAAGUGAUGUAGACCGUAUACUUCCUGGAGACAUCUUCCUUCAUCUGUUUUCAUUAAAUAUGGUUGUAUAACCAGCACACUUCCUGCUACCAAAGCUAACAAACAUGAUACUAGGUUACUCAGUCCUUCUCUCUCCCUUCAACACAUCCAGUCUGUUGCUCAAGACCCAUUAGCUUUCUGGAAAAAAUGUUUAGGAAAUAAAUUUUGUCCUUUCUAAUGGUUCUGCUAAAAUCUCUGUGGUUUCCGUUUGCCUCUGAUUGGUAUGGGCUAGUUGCCUGCAUCUCAGGGUGCUUUCAAGAAUUGUCAUGCAUCUGGCAGAAUCUGUAUUUUGUGGGUGGAUCUGUAAAAAGGUAUUUUGGUAUUAUCGCAAGAGCACCCUGUGAAAUUCUUAUCACUGACCUCCAAUUUUCAAGGACUUUCAUGGUGCCAGCCACCUUGCAAAGUGACACCCUGGACCUGCAACUAGAAAAUGCCUUCUCUGAGGGUGCCUGAAAGGGCAUCUGAGGCAAAGCCUCCUGUCCCGUUCUUGUUACAGAUCUGUUAAGUUGGGCAAAAAGGAGGUGACUUGGCACAAAGCAGGGAAGAGUUACGGGGGGAUUUAUUUCCAGCCCCAAAUGAUCCCAAAGGGGCAAUUUUCCACUGAGUGAGCCAGGCUGGCCCAAUCACUUAUGGCUUCAGCAGUGACAAAGAAGACCUAUCAGACAGUGACAUACAAAUGCACUGUGCAAUAAUUUCAAGCAACACAUCCUUUUGAAAAUUGCCUUUUCCCUUGAUGUUUUUUAUUAACAGGAAGUUAUCUUCUUAGCAGGCAAGGCAGCAGCACCUGCCCACAGGACUUUCUUCAUAUUUACCUUUCUGCUAGAAAGUUGCUCUGAGAUAUUUAUAUAUUGCCCCUAUUUUACAGGUGCUGAAACUAAGGCACAGUGGAGUUAAGUGACUUGCCUCCGGUCAGAAAGCAAUUUAGCAGCCAAGCAGGGAAGAGAUCCGUUGCCAGCCCAGAGCUUUUACAAAGUACAUUUUAGGCUUAGGGUGAGAUUUUCAAGGGAGUCUUGAUUGCUCGGUUGUGUUAUUUCAGUAAUAAAAGUUGAGUUAGAGCAGUUUCUGUGCUAUUCGAGCCCUGGUUCCCCCUCAAUGUCAUAUUCUGCAUUUGUGGAAGGAGCACUUCUGUUUUCCUUCAGAGAAGGUGUGGGACCAAGU